UAGUCUGAGUAUUGAAAAAAAUAUGCACACUAAACAGUUAACUUCUCUAAUACAUAGAAUGCUGAUUCUAUAAAUCAAACAAAAAUGCAUUACUUUUAUAUCUAUUUUAUAAUUUUAGCAGCACAAAUCUCAAUAUUUUCAAUUGAAUGUGUAGAAAUUAAUUCAUUUGUCAAUAAUAAUCAAGAAGAAAUUAAGUCCACGACAUCAAAAAUUUUUGACUCAAAUGGAUAUAAACAUAAUAAAUUUCAUUCGCUAAUAGAAAAAUAUUUAUUGAACAUGACAAAUCUUGAAGAACGGAGUAACAUCUCGAAAUCCCAAUUUAACCGUACUCGAUCAAUCUCCGUUCAACCGCAGAAUAUAAGAAUUACUUUUUUAUUGUCUAAAUUUAUGAGAAUGAAACGCGAAUUACAUAAGAAGCGAUUGAAUAAUAAUUCAGUUAAUCGGAUAAAAAAUGUUCAGCAUAGUACGAAUAUAGAUUACAGAGGAACUGGAGAAACUCUGAAUCUUCCAGCAAAUCAGGAAACGACGGAAGCUAAUUCUGGAACAGAGAAUGGAGAAAAUACGGUGAAUAAUGGAGAAAAUUCUAAGACUGAUGAGUCGAAUAAAAAUGAGGAAAAUGGAACUAUCACUGAAACACCGGUUGAUCCUGAAGAAGAAGGAGAAGUAUCAUUAAAGGAAAUUGAACAAGAUCAAGCAAGAUUAGAUUUCUUGAUCGGAAAAGUUAAAAAAUUACUCAUUGAUUCAGGUGAUUAUAUAAUGUCUGUUUUGUUAAGAAUUCUCAAAGAGCAUUUACGGAAAUACAACUUUGGAUCCCGAUUUAUGGAAAAAGUUAAAGAAAUGGCGAAAAAAUAUCAAGGUAACGUUCUGGUAGCAAAACAAGAAUUAGAGAAAAGAUUGGGCAGGAAGUUUGGUAAAAAAUUUCGCAUGAUGCUUAUUAAAUUAUUGAGAACUCUAGUUGUAGGUGGAACCCUCCCAGAAUAAUUAUAAAACUUUUGUUAAAUGUAGUUGCGACAGUUGAUAAUUGGAUUAUUAACUAAAUAAGUUAUUGAUCAUGUAAUUUAUUCUUGCUUGUUAAGCAGUUUGAAGAGAACUUGGCAAAGUUACGCUUCAUCAGAUGAUUAUCACACAUCACAAAGUUUACAGAAGUAGAUCGUGACGACAAUGUGACCUGUAAGCCUCGACGUUUCUCCUAUCUUUGACCCUUUUAGUUUAAUUGGACUCUCACGUAAAAUAUAAGUACAUGUCCCAGUACAAAAGCUUUAAAAUUGCUGUGGAUAAUGAUGAGGCUUUUUAUUUUUUAUUUUCAUUUCAUUUGUUUUUUUCUCCAUUUUUACUUCGAACAAUUUUAAAAAAUAAAUCAUUGUGAUCGACGAAUAAGAUUUAACAAGUCGCUAGCAUGCAAAUUCACCGGAUAUUUGGCAAAGAAGAAACAAAUAGAAGUUAACUAUUUAUUUUUACGUUAUCAAUUGUUAAUAUGUUAAUAAGUUGGCAUGAUAGUUGAAAUAAGUGUAUGCAGUGAGUGAACAGCUGCAUUAUAGUUAUCGAUCGCUUUAACAUUGAACUAUAUUUCUAUUAUUGAAGGGUAAACAACGUCACUUUAGAUUUGUUUAUUCGGUACAAAAUAUUUAUUUAUUUACUUAUCAUCUGCGAAAUAUAAAACU